UACAAUACAUGUUUCCUUUUAAUCGGUAGAUUAGAUACACCUUGUACGUACGACAGACAUUAGCCGAGUUCCGAUUCGGAGUUAGGUUCGGGAAAAGGAGUGUCUCUCCAUUGUCUAGUCUCUCUGCUCUUUCGAAUUAGGAUUUUCGCAGAUCUCCGAAUCCUCGUUUCUGCGUCAACCAUGGGUGUCUGGGAAGCUUUUCUGAAUUGGCUAAGAAGGUAAUGCUUAAGAUAUCCUUAAUUUUGAUCAGGGAAUGCUGUUAUAUUCCAAUUUUGCUUCAAGUUUGUGAACUAUUAUCUUUUUCGGGAGUCUUUGUGCAUAGUUUUAUUUGUGUUCUCAAUAUUUGGUUUUAAUUUCAAAAGUUCUUAUCUUGUUGUCUCCUGGUGGUAGGAUUCUCUGUUUUCUGUUUUUAUAUACUACGUAUAUUUAAAUUUAUGAAAACAUCUGCUGAGGUUUUGAAUUUUUUAAAAAGGUUUGGCUUGUCCUCUAUGCUUUCAAAUCCACGUUCACAAAAUUUUCAUCAGUUGGCUUCGUUAUAUGCUGUUAGUCUGUUACUUGGUUAGGAUGUGAAUUUGAUGGGUACAGAAUUGACAUUUGUUAGCUUUGUUUAUGGCUCUUUGACAAGCUAUGACUAUUUAUUGAAAUCUUAUUGUGAAAACAAUUUAACAAGCAUUGUUAUUAAGGGACUACUUUUUUUAAUGUAUGAUCUUUGUCAGUCUGGCCACCAAGAAUGCUAUGAUUAAUAACUGUGAUUAUGUUUCCUUCCAAAGUUUUUAUUAAAGCUUCAUCUCCCUUCUUUGGGUUCCAUAUAUGAAUUUGAAACUAACUUGUGAAAAUGCGCAAUUUAUGUGUUCCUUAGUCCUCUUUUAUGUGUUCUAGAGUUUUGGUUGAAAAAGAACUCUAGAGAUAGUGCAGCCCCCUAGAGUAUUGAUUGUAUCUAUUCCUCUCUGAUGCUUUUAUAAGACAUAAUGGAUUUUUAAUAAGAAGUUGUUGUCUAUAUUCCCAUACGAUGUCUUUUUAAAACUGGGUGUUCUUACAAGUUCGAACUGGUAUUUCAGCCUCUUUUUCAAGCAGGAAAUGGAGCUUUCUUUAAUAGGGCUUCAAAACGCUGGAAAAACUUCUCUUGUAAAUGUUAUUGCUACUGGUGGUUAUAGUGAAGACAUGAUACCAACGGUGGGAUUUAAUAUGCGGAAGGUUACUAAGGGCAAUGUUACCAUAAAGUUGUGGGACCUUGGAGGUCAACCACGAUUCCGUAGUAUGUGGGAGAGAUACUGUCGUGCAGUAUCUGCUAUAGUAUAUGUUGUGGAUGCUGCUGAUCCCGACAACCUCAGCGUUUCAAAAAGUGAGCUCCAUGAUCUUUUGAGCAAGCCUUCUUUAAGCGGAAUCCCGUUGCUUGUUUUGGGAAACAAGAUUGACAAACAGGGUGCCCUGUCCAAGCAAGCUUUGACUGAUCAGAUGGGUUUGACUUCGAUAACUGACAGAGAGGUUUGCAGCUAUAUGAUCUCUUGCAAGAACUCUACCAAUAUCGACUCUGUUAUCGAUUGGCUUGUUAAGCAUUCCAAGUCUAAGAGCUGAAUAUGAGUUUUGGACUACGUCUAAUUGUGUGUGUUGCAUUUGAGAGACGACACCGAUUGUACUGUGCCUGGUUUUCAUAACUACUAUGUGGUGGCGAUGUAAUUACUCCGUAUAUGAUUAUUUUGUCAAUUGAGAGAUUUCACUUUUUUUUAUGUUUAUUGUGAUUGUGUAUUGCGUGGCUGUUUGAACAAUUGCUUUUAUUUUAUUUUAUAUAUGAAAGGAUGUUUCUUAACCUCGAAAUGUGAGUAAUGAAAUGCAUUCUGUAAACUUUUUUUUUAGUAUAAUGCAUUCUGUAAACUUAAUUGCCUUGAAAGUGGAAACUGAGGUGCCGUUUGGUAACACCCCUUUUCGGCUUAUCAGCCAACUUUUUCACCAAACACGUAAUUUUUGCUUUAGC